ACCUUGCUUGCAGGCUGCUUGUUCACAUGUUUUUAUUUUAUGUUUUUUUUCGACAACAACAUCAUCAUCAUCAUCACCAUCACCAUAAUUUAACAUUAUAUUUUUAGAGCAAUAUUGUCUUAAUUUAAAGUGAUUUUUUGUGACAUUUGUAUAAAAUGGAUGCGGAUACAAUAUGUUUAGAUGACUCGGAUUUAGCUGCCAUCGAUGCUGAUGAAUUAUUAAGACAAUUAACUUGCUCCAAUAACCAAUUGGCUGAUCCGAUCGCCAUGCUGGUUGAAGAUAAUGCUGCUGCAUCGGCUUUGGUUGCUUCAAUCAACAAUAGUUUAAUGAAUGGUUCCCCUACAGAUACUUUAACCGAAUCAUCUUUAAUAUCAUCUUCACUAUCAUCCACAUGCCCAUCUACAACUUCAACAAUUACAACCUCUCCAACAAUGGUGGAAACCAAUGGAAAUAUCAUCAAUAUUAGUAACAAUCAAAAUUUAAACCAUCACAUUAAUAACACUGUUGUCAAUGAUUUUGAUUUAAUGUAUACGGAUGAGGAUGGAAUCGAAGAAGAAGAUGAAGAUAAAUUAGCAUCUAUAGAAGGAGUUGAUAUUGAUGUUUCCUUAGAUAAAUUAUGUAAUGUUUUAAAAAAUGAUUAUCCUGAUUUGUUUACAUAUGCAUUCUAUUUGCAAGAUAGACAGUUGUGUUUCGGUGAACCAAUUAUUGAUCAAGGUAAUCUAAUUGAUGGAGCCAGAAGUCAAACCAGUCUAAUUAAUUUGAAACUUAAAAUUGAAUCGGAAACUAAGACGGUUACCAUAGUUGAUAUUUUAAAACCUGAAGAUGAUGACGAAGAGUACGAUGAUGACCGUAUCAUCUCAAAUUCUGGUAUUAUUCACAACAUUAAUAGUAAUCAACAGAGUGGACGGGUUGGACAAACAGGGGAUGAUUAUGACGAUGAUGAAUUAUAUACCAACUCCAGCUCAACUCGGGCCAAUAUGAAAACAUGUCUUUCACUAAAAGAAAAAAAGCUAAUUGGAGGUGUCAAAAGAAAUUCAGCCAAAGCAAUCAAAACAAUUGAAUUGGAUAAAAUUGAGCCUUUAUGCCAAGGCAAUAGGUCAGGUAAUAAUGGACAAAUUCAAUUGUGGAGGUUUCUCUUGGAAUUAUUGACAGAUGCUGAUUAUCGGGAAUUUAUACGUUGGGAAGGUGUUGAAGGGGAAUUUAAAUUUAUUAAACCUGAAAUGGUUGCACAAUUAUGGGGUCAAAGGAAAAAUAAGCCUACAAUGAAUUAUGAUAAAUUAAGUCGAGCUUUACGUUACUAUUAUGAUGGCGAUAUGAUUGCACGUGUUAAUGGUAAACGUUAUGUAUACAAAUUUGUCUGCGAUCUCAAAAGUUUAAUUGGUUAUGAUGCUCAAGAAUUGGAUGCCAUGGUAAUUGAUACACAAUUGCGUCGAAGUAAUCGACUGUGUUGACAAAAGUAUGUAAAUUGUUUCAACAAUUUUUCUACUCCUGAAAAUGUUUAUUUAAAAAUACUGAUAAGCUUGAUUAAAAGGUACCAAACCAAAUUUAAAUUAACCUUGCUCUUUUUUGAUAAUGCAUCAAAAUUUAUCUGCUAUUAUCAAAAUUUCAAUAAAAGGUUGAUAUUUAUUACA